CCCCCCUACCCCGCCUAGCCAAAAAAUCAGUUGUGACGUAAACAUCAUGGCGUUUUUCGUCUUGACGUAGGCUGUUUGCACCACAGGUUAUGUUAUGAUCUGGCUGCUGGCUGGAAAUUAUGGAACUAGUUUCUAGUAUAAUUAAAGUCUAAAAUUAUAAAAUUAUAUCAGAUACAUAUAAUCAUGACUUUUAAUCAUUACUGUUGUGUUCCUCAAUGCAAGUCUUGGGCUAAAAAAAAAAAGCUGACAAAGGAUUGAGUUUCUACAUAUUUCCCCUUGAAACAGGCCCACGGGUUUAUUUGGAAACGAAAAUGGAAAAAGAAGUGUCGAGAAGAAAAGCCUUCUGGAUUUUAAAACUUCGUAUUGGCAAACCAGUCACCAAAUUCAUGAAAGUGUAUUCUCUGCAUCUCAAUUAAGCAAGAAUUUUGUGUUAAGGUAAACAAGCAUAAUGGAUAGUUUUGUGCCCUAGCUUCAUUUUAGGCCUGCUUCUAGGCAUUUAUCAAGUACUACCUAUCUAUUUUUAAAAUGUUUUGUUUGAAAAUAUUGACUGUUUUUAUUAUUUACAGGUGAGAGUACAGGUCUUAGGGCGGGUAUUAUAAAACUGCUUUGACAGUUAACUUUUUGAAUUACAUGUAAUUCCAGAAGUUAACUUUAAGUUACCUCUCAAAGUAGUUUUAUAAUACCCACCCUUAGAGGUACAGGUAGAGGUCGGAUAUUGAAAAAAACAGUUGUACCAUCCCAGAAUUUGCCCUCUUCUAUAGUGAUCCAUAAACCGAGCCAAAAAAUAGAUUCCAUGGGUGCUGAAAAAGUUGCCGAAAGAAAAAGAAAUCAAGAUUCUAGUGAGACUGAUACAAGUAAUGAAUGUCAGAAUGUAGUUAUACUUUUAAUCAAUUAUUAAACUCUUCUCAGAUAGGCAUACAAAUGGCCGAGCAAACAGCAGAACGUGUAAAGUGUUUAUUAAAUUCUAAUUACCAGUAUUAUAUUAUAGGUAGUUCGAGUAAAAAUCAGAUUUGUGGUCAAGUUAUUUGACUUUGUUAAUUUAAUUUUCACCUAUUUAUAAAUAAAAAUAAAGAGUUAUUUAUAAAAUGUUUAUUUAUUUAUUACACAUACAAGUUAUUCAAAUACAGACAUUAUAAGGGAGAUCCAUACCAGCCUUGAGACCCUUUUGGCAAUGUCCUAUUGUAGAAAGUUUACAAAAAUAUAAGAAAAAGAUCCGGUUAGGCUGUUGUAUAGAUAUAAUCAUUUCGGGUCAGAUAAACGAAAUAGAUUAUAAUGAAUUUUGGCCUGCAUCAUCACGAGCAGCAUUAUGGGUGAAAAUUAUUACCCAGUGUAAAACUUUCGAGAACAGUGAAUAAAUAAGUCGAUAUUGCAUUUGCAGCACAUUGUUCUUCCUCGGCUGCUACAGUACAUCGUUUUUUUUACGUUCAGGAAAAGUGUUUCAAUAAUGAUGCAGUCCAUAAUACCUUAUAUCAUUAUUGACUCAAAAAUCACUUGCUGCAGCCCGAAGCAUAUUCUCCUGUAGCGCAAGGUGGUACUUUAUAUUUCCUCGGGUAUGUCUGAAAAUAAAAAUAAAGUUAAAAUUGUAUGAUUUCCCAAAAAAUUGUUAAUUCUACUCUACCUGUGAUAUAUUUCCCAUUCGAAUAAACAAUUUCUGCACUAGCACAAAAGUUGCCUAGUAGAUAAGUCAAAACCACGUUCCUCAUCUGCUGAAUCUUAGUCAGUGAGCUCUUUGCUUUCUGUGUGGGCUCGAUAUAUUAUGCCAUCAACAUUUUCAUUAUCAUAAGCAGUAUUCAAAGCUUCCUGAUGGCUAAUUCCACAAACAAAAUGUAAGUAGGACAGCUAAAAAUGUCAGCUUCUGCCCAGGCCCAUAUGCCAUAUGGGACAGUAAUAUUUACAAGAAUAUAAUACAUAAACAAACAAUUUAUGCUCGAAUAGGAAUAUGUUAUAAUAAUAUGAGAAAACCCUAAAAACAAUUAAAUAGUAUAGAAUAAAUUAUCUUAUAGUUAUUAUACUUACAUCAAAGAAAUGUAAACAAAACGCCGCGUAAUUCUCCUAGGGCUCCAUUAAAUCAUACAUGCUGAAAACGUGUAAAUAGGCGGAAUGACGAAAGCUAGCCAGAUAUCGCGCUUUACCCGCUAUAAUGGUUAAUCAAAAUCAAAAUAAAAUAUUUUUCAUGACAAAUUAUAAAUUUAUAAAACCGCUGGCGCAAACAGCUGGCGACUUUGUUAUGACGUCAGCAGUGGUUGGAAACAGUUGAAAACCAAUAUGGCGGCAAUUACCCAAAAAGGGGCCGAUAAGCACUCCUUAGUAAGUUUAUUCUCCUUGAAAACUUCCAAGUGUGAGAUUGAGGUUAUGUACUAUAUUUUGUUUUUUUUUUCUUGUUAUUGAUUGAUCUAAACAAAUUCGAAAGUUUCGUGAAAAAUAUUGAAAAUUAUCCUAUAAAAUGACUGCACGCGCAAAAUCUGGACCUUCGAGGAUAGAAGUGGAAAUAGAAAAGAACAGGGAAGAAGGGAACUGGCUAAAGGUCAUCGAAUUGGCCCAACAGCUCAAGGAUAAAGCAAGUGAAUUUGUAUGUUUAUCUGAUUUUCUCAUUGGUGAAGGCAAAUUGGAAAAUUAUUUGGAAGAAUGGCCACUCACAGAACAAAAUAUGCACAGAGCCAAAUUAGGACUGAUAGAUGCCAAAAGGUAUCUCAAUAUGGUUAUUAACGAUGCAGGGAAAAAGGCAGGAGUUUAUAUGGACGCACAUUUACUAUUAGGAAAAACUAAUUAUGCAUGUGGUCAAUUUGGUGAUGCAUUGAAAAACUUCAAAAUGGCAGAUCUGCAGAAUUUAUCUGAAAAACGAUUACCUUUACGAAGCUUAAAGAUUGUAGCUGAAUCAUAUGCGAUAAAAGGUUUGUGUCUGCAAAAAGAUACAACAGCUUCUAGCAAAUUUAAAAAAGCUGAGAAAGAGGAAGAGUUGGCCAGAUGUUUUGAAUUAGCUUCAGAUUUAAGUUUGCUCUAUAUGCAGAAUUUGGAAAGGGAAAUUAAUGUUGUAUCAACAGGAACAACAGGCAGUCAUUCCCCUCAGCCACCAGGACAGCAAAAAACCCUCGGAGAAGUUCUAGAACAGGCUUUGCAAGCUGCUCCAUCAGCUCUAUUGCAGCAAGGAAAAGCAGAUCAGGCACUGGAAAGAUAUAGGAAUACAUUAUGUGCAGUAGAAUCAUCAGGUGUUCAUAAUUUAAGGCUGAAAUUUUUCACUAAACUAGCAGAAAUUCUUUUACAAGGACUGGUGGGGGAAAAAUAUGUGGCUCCAAUUAAUAAUACCUUAAAAACCUCCUAUUGGAUGCCGAAAUAUUAUGCUUCUUUAAAUCAGUUUAUACCCAGAUGCGAUUACGAAGAGGUAAUCCUAGUUUUACUGGUGGCCGAAUCGAUGGCAGUGAGGAACGCCGUUUUGUCUCAGAGUCCUGAGUUUAAAGAAAUCAGACUUAGUGUUGGUCAGGACGCUACUGCGGUUUACGAUUUGUUGACCGUCGCUACUGUGCGGUGGGGACAAGUGGCUUUAUUGCAAGAGUCCUUAGAAAGAUCAAUGAAAUUCUCCUUUGAAGAUCCUCAUUUAUGGAAGCAACACGCACUGGCGCUAGUGUCAAUUGGAAACUAUGAACACUCCUUGUUAGUAUUAAGAGAAGUGAUUAGACUGGAACCAAACAAUUCCAGCAAUUGUUUGUUAGCAGCUAAAAUUUGCUUCGAACAUUUAAAUUUGUCUGAUGAAGGAAUUGAGUUUAGCAUCCAAGCAAUAGAAAAAGAAUCGAGCAAUCCUUCAGGCAUUUUGGGUAGGUGUCAUCUUUAUGCAGGUAUUGGCUAUCAUUUAAGAGCCGAAGCUAGUAUUCUCAAAAAAGAGAAGGAAACUUUCUGUUGCAGAGCUUUAGAUAAUUUAAAAAGUGCCGUAGAAUUAGAACCCAACGACCACCUAACCAGGUACUUCCUAGGUCUACAAUUGGCCAUAAUGGGUCAGAUAGUGGAAGCUCAAAAUCACAUUAGAACCGGUUUGGUCUUGCAACCUGAACAUUCAUCCACGUUGCACUUAUUGGCUCUCAUUCUAACUGCAGAACGUCAAUAUAAAUUGGCCUUGACAUUAGUCGAAAACGCGCUGGAAGAAUACCCAGACUGUUUGAAUUUGUUGUACUUGAAAGCCCAUUUAGAAUUGCACGAAAAAGGCGGUGAGGUCGCAUUAAUAACAGCAAAACAAAUGUUGGAAUUAUGGAAAAAUCUGUACGAAAGCCAGACAAUUUCGGAUAUGCCCGAAUGUGAUCGCAAAAGUGAUACUAGGUCAGUUUUCCAGCUGUACACAUCAGAAAUGUCAGACAAAGAUUCCAGUUCUCUUCAAUUACAAAAUACUGCAGCCAGCCGUGUGGAACAAGCACUAAGCGAAGUGGCCAGUUCAAUGAGUAGUUUCAGUCCGCGUCCAGGGCCUCAAAGGGCGUGGAUGUUGCAAGUAGAAGUUUGGCUUCUCUUGGCCGAACUUUAUUUGUCUUUGAAUCAACUAGCUGACGUGCAACAGUGCAUUCAGGAAGCCAUGCAAAUUUAUCCCUUGAGCCAUCAUAUUAUGCAUAUGAAAGGGCUAUUGCAUAUGCGCAAAGAGGAAUGGACGGAGGCUAAAGUAUGUUUUCAAAAUGCAGUCGCCAUCAAUCCGCUGCACGUCAAAUCUUUACAGCAGCUGGGGUUGGUCUAUCACUAUUUGGGCUUGCAAGGACUGGCCGAAACGACGCUCAGAGAGGCUGCUAAAAUUGAACCACAUAAUACUGUAACAUGGUAUAACUUGGGAAAAGUUUUAGAAGCACUGGGAGAAUAUGAAAAGGCGAGCAACGCCAUGGCUACUGCUUUAAUGGAAGAAAAAAAUAAUCCAAUUUUACCAUUCAAUUCUGUACCCUUAUGCUUUGAAUAAGGUACAGAUUGAUAUGGGUUUAACUUCAAGUCCUAAAAACUGUCUUAAACUGAAUCGUUAAAAUAAACUUUGCAUCAAAAAGUAAUGCUUACAUAAAAUAAUUUUCCUAAAAAUAUUGUUGUAGCAAGUAAGUAACAUUAUUCGAAUUCUUUUAUUUGUUUAUAUUGUAGGUAUUGUUGAAAGUAAUUUAUUUAAAGUAGAAGUUAAUAAUAGUUAUGUAUUAAGGUUUUAAGCUAUACAUAUAAGGAGGUAUCUGGUGUACAUACUGAAUUAGCUGAAUAAAAAUUACAAAAAACAAACAUCAAACUUGAAUAGUUGAAGACUGGAAAAAAAUACGACUCGUUGAAAUAGUUAUUUAUGCAACAAGUGUGUAAAGUGACAAUCACAUGAGUGAAAAAAGGUGCUUUACGCAAGUAUUGCAUACAAAAUUUUUUCUACUACCAAUCAAAUAUGUGUACAAAAAUAAAUUUAGUCAAAUACUUUACGCACUAGUGCGUAAAGAAUUUUCAUUUUACGAACUAGUGCGUGAAGUGAUUUACCAGAAAAAUGCCAAAUUGACAGUGUCGACAUCUGUCAUUGACAUUAUUUUACGCACUAGUGUUUGUUGAAGUGAAUUACUUUACGCACUAGUGCGUGAAGUGAAAUAUUACGUCUUCUGAAUAGCGCGUAAAGUGAGUACUUUACGCAUGGUAGUAGAAAAAAACCUUUCCAUAUUCGUUCGACUUGAGACAACAAACAGCAUUUGUAUAUUGUGGGUGAAAAGUGUCCUUUUCUGCACUUGUUAUAUGUAUGUACAGUGUGUCCACUUAAGUUCAUAGCACCUUUUUAUUAUCAAUUUUACAAAAAAAAAGUUAUUCUUUAUAAAAGUUUUUGCUUCUAUUUUUCAGAAAAUUGAAGAUAAAAAAGUUUCCCAUAUGCUGCAAAC